AUGAGUACCAUCAUGAGUACCCGGACAACCCUUUACUCUAUUGACCUGGGAACAAAAAUGGCCACGAAGGUCCAGCACUCUGGAGACCAGCAGCAGGUGGACUCUACUAGCUCAACAAGGCCAACAUCUCCGGUGCCGGCGACACAGCUUUGGGAAUCGGCAGCUCACAGUUAUGUAUGUUGUGAGGAAACUCCAGCCGGAAAAACUAUCCAUAUCACGCUCUCUAAAAAUCCGCUCAACCUCCAACCUUCGAAAGUUGUACCAGAUUGGACCCGAUCGAUUCAUACAACUCUUGUAGAGAGCCCGCCGACAACGCCUUUUCAGCAGAUGUAUAGACCUCUUAGUCAGGAAGACCUGGGUCAUAUUCGGAAGAGGCUGGAAGAAUACACAGACGAAGUGAGAUGGCAUACCGGUAACUUAAAUGGCUUUGACUGUGCGGUUAUCCUCGCGGACGCUAAGACACUAUUUUCAUAUAUUGCGCUUCUGGAAUCGAUGGUCGCAUCCCAAGCUCAACAGGUAAAGUUACAUCGCCAACCUAUAUCACAUUGUUUCAACCAACAUAGAAGAAUCAUAGACCGAGACACCGUCCAGGAAGAGAGCCAUGCCUUCAGCUGCUGGAGACCAGGAGGAACAUGGAAAGCGGCCGCGACGUCAUUAGGAAUACGCAUGUAUGGGAGGGAAACAAACAAGGAAAACGGCUCUUCAUCAUGGCAUAGGUAA